AACCGCUGUCAUCGCAAAUCAAAACAUACUCAGCGAACGUGCUCCACAAUCAGCUGAUUGACGCGGGUUUGUUGUCAUAGCGCGGUGCAUCACACAAACGCGGUACAAACAAAAAAGGGCGCAGCGAUGAACGAUCCAAACCGGAAAAUAGAAAUUGAUAAAUCUUCCUUGCUUAGUUUGAAAGCGGAGCUGCUUCGGAAACAGGAAGAAGUAGGCCGUGCCAAAGCAUCUACUUCCAUAGAGGAUUUUGUGCCGAAAAAGGUCUCCAAGCCCGAGAAAGAUGUAUCCUCAUCGCGCAAAGAUCGUCGCGAGAAGAAAGAUAAAUCAAAACCCAUUGUCACCGAGCUGGAGGAUUCGGCACAGCUCGCUCGGUCAAAGCAAAUGCUGCAGGCUAAAGCGAAAUAUUAUGACCGGAUGGUGGCAGCUGGCGGAUCACUGAACAGCGAUGAAAACAGUUUGGUGAUGUUCAACAAAAAGAAACAGGACACCAAGCCAGCAUACAACCUGUCCGAUGAGUCUCCCCGAGAGAGUAGCGUUAGUUCCAGUUCCGUUAGUUCCGACAGUGAAGAAGAUGGUGAAGGUGGAGAUAACAAAUGGGUUGAAUACACGGAUUGCUUGGGACGUACGAGAAAGUGUCUAAAAGAAGAUCUGAAAGCCUGUUUAGCCCGGGACCGGGAGCUAGCCAAGACGAUGGAACCACGCGAUGGACAGCGUAGAGAAGACAUGCAAGGACCGUCUAAAGUAAACGCCCCACCAGUCAAAGAAUCUGUCCAAAGCGCUAGGCCCGAGAAAAUCAUCAAUCAGCAAGAAGCGACAGAUGAAGAAGAAGAUGGAGAAAUUGUUGGCCCAAUGCCUCCGGCGAUGGGUCAAAUCGGUGGUACCGAUAUCGGUGAACGGUUCAGGGAGAUGAAAGACCAGUGGGCUGAACAGGAAGAAGCUAACCUGGAGAAGGACUCCAUACACUACCAGGAUGUGCUGUUUGACGAGGCACGAUUACACGGCGUAGGAUACUAUGCGUUCUCCACCGACCAGCAGGAACGCAACCGGCAACGGGACGAACUCGACUCGAUACGUGAGUCAACGUUGGAAGCGCAGAAGGAGCGCGAAACACUUCGCAAGGCACGUGACAAGCUGAUAGCCGAUCGGGUAAAAGCGGCCCGUGCGCGUCAACGAGCCCGCCAGGGUUUACCGCCCGAGGUGGACGACGAUGGCGAACGGCAGCAGAGCGGCAAAGACACGGAUCAGCUGUUCGAGUCGGCGGAAGAAAAGCGUACGCGAAAGGCGGAAGAGAAGCAGCGCAAAAAGAAGGAAAGGGAAGAGCGGCGCCGGGAGCGCGAACGGGCGGACCAUGUGCGGCCGUGGGAUGAAGGAAAGGAGCAAACGGGGGAAGAUAAGGAGUGGGUACCGGCCAAGGAACGGUUCGUCCUAUCGCAGCACGAAUGGAACGAUAUGAAGCGAAGCGAGCGGAUUGCCGAAUUUGCUCCACCACCUGCCGAACGUCCGUUUAGCGGAAGGACGGGGACACAACGACCCGAUCGGCACAGUGAACCCGAUUCCGAUGCGAGUGACAGCGAGGAAACAGUGGUUGGUCCACUGCCACCAACGAUGACGGCCGAUUCUGGAGCGGCGCUGGAGGACAUUCCACUUCCGGAAGAUGUGGAAGACCCCGCCCGAAGGUCACUUUUUUUCACCACGAAAAAGAAUCCUCCCAAAAAGGAGCUAAAGCGACGCAAUUUGAAUGCGGUCGAGAUGGUAACGCCAGCGGCAAAGAAGCCAUCAGCUCCGGUGCCCAUUGUGAACGAACUGAGCGAUACGGAAGAACCUGACCGUGGACGGGAAUCUGCGCAGCUGCUGCCGGAACGGAGAGGCGUUGAGAUAGAGCCACCACCGACGUACGAUUACUACGGACCAGUGGACGGUGCCGGAGGGCAUCGAAGAGCAGGGGGACGAACGAUCGCGCCGGAAAACAGAACCAAUCUGGAAGCGUCCAUUGAGGCGGGUUUGAAGUUUUUACGCAAUCAAUCGGACAAAUCGGGCGGUCCCGGUACUAAGAAUCGCUGGACUUCGAAUGCGGACUAUUGAGUAUUUAGACACGGGUUGUUUUGUAUGCAGAAAUACAUUUUAAGUAAUCAUAAUAUCGUAUCAUCGCU